GCAAGCUCCUCCGCCCGGCUCCGGUUCUGCCGGGGAUGUAGCCGGCGCCGCGACGCUGUCUCUCGGCGAGCUCCUGAGCAGUCCUCCAGGCCUUGUUCUCCCGCAGUGGCCGCGCCUCUGCCGCCCACGCGCUCGGGAGCAGAGCGCUGCAGCCAGAGUCCCAGCCGUGGUGGUCGCUAAACAGAAGCUUUAGCGCGUCCGGGGGGGUGCAACCCCUCGCCCAGCCCGGCGAGCCCCGGGUGUGAACCGAGCCGACGGAGGAUGGCAGCCUCCGGAGUGGAGAAAAGCUGCAAGAAGAAGACCGAGAAGAAACUUGCUGCUCGAGAAGAAGCUAAAUUGUUGGCAGGCUUCAUGGGUGUCAUGAACAACAUGCGGAAACAGAAAACGUUGUGUGAUGUGAUCCUUAUGGUGCAGGAAAGGAAAAUACCUGCUCAUCGUGUUGUUCUUGCUGCAGCCAGUCAUUUUUUUAACUUAAUGUUCACAACUAACAUGCUCGAGUCGAAGUCCUUUGAGGUAGAACUCAAAGAUGCUGAACCUGACAUUAUUGAACAACUUGUGGAAUUUGCUUAUACUGCUAGAAUUUCUGUGAAUAGCAACAACGUUCAGUCUUUAUUAGAUGCAGCAAACCAGUACCAGAUUGAACCUGUGAAGAAAAUGUGUGUUGAUUUUUUGAAAGAACAAGUUGAUGCUUCAAAUUGUCUUGGAAUAAGUGUGCUAGCAGAGUGUCUGGACUGCCCUGAACUGAAAGCCACUGCAGAUGACUUUAUCCAUCAGCAUUUUACUGAAGUUUACAAAACUGACGAAUUUCUACAACUCGAUGUCAAGCGAGUGACACAUCUCCUCAACCAGGACACUCUGACUGUAAGAGCAGAAGACCAGGUUUAUGAUGCUGCAGUCAGGUGGUUGAAAUACGAUGAACCUAAUCGCCAGCCAUUUAUGGUUGAUAUCCUUGCUAAAGUCAGGUUUCCUCUUAUAUCAAAGAAUUUCUUAAGUAAAACGGUACAAGCUGAACCACUUAUUCAAGACAAUCCUGAAUGCCUUAAGAUGGUGAUAAGUGGAAUGAGGUAUCAUCUCCUGUCUCCAGAGGAUCGAGAAGAACUGGUGGAAGGCACAAGGCCCAGAAGGAAGAAACAUGACUACCGCAUAGCCCUAUUUGGAGGCUCUCAGCCACAGUCUUGUAGAUACUUUAACCCAAAGGAUUAUAGCUGGACAGACAUCCGCUGCCCCUUUGAAAAACGCAGAGAUGCAGCAUGCGUGUUUUGGGACAAUGUUGUAUACAUUUUGGGUGGCUCUCAGCUUUUCCCCAUUAAACGAAUGGACUGCUAUAAUGUCGUGAAGGACAGCUGGUAUUCCAAACUGGGACCCCCCACUCCGCGAGACAGCCUGGCGGCCUGUGCCGCAGAAGGCAAAAUCUAUACAUCUGGCGGUUCCGAAGUCGGAAACUCAGCUCUGUAUUUAUUUGAGUGCUAUGACACAAGGACUGAGAGCUGGCACACAAAGCCCAGCAUGCUGACCCAGCGCUGCAGCCACGGGAUGGUGGAGGCCAAUGGCCUCAUCUAUGUUUGUGGUGGGAGCUUAGGGAACAAUGUUUCUGGCCGUGUGUUGAAUUCCUGUGAAGUUUAUGAUCCUGCCACGGAAACAUGGACUGAGCUGUGUCCAAUGAUUGAAGCCAGGAAGAAUCACGGACUGGUCUUUGUGAAGGAUAAGAUAUUUGCUGUGGGUGGUCAGAACGGCUUAGGCGGUCUGGACAAUGUGGAGUAUUAUGAUAUUAAACUAAAUGAAUGGAAGAUGGUCUCACCGAUGCCGUGGAAGGGUGUGACAGUGAAAUGUGCAGCAGUUGGCUCCAUAGUUUAUGUUUUGGCUGGUUUUCAAGGUGUGGGUCGAUUAGGACACAUCCUUGAAUAUAAUACUGAAACAGACAAAUGGUUUGCCAACUCCAAAGUUCGAGCUUUUCCAGUAACAAGUUGUUUAAUUUGUGUUGUCGAUACUUGUGGAGCAAAUGAAGAAACCCUUGAAACAUGAAAAAUGAGUGGACUUCAAGACUCAUUAGAGACUCAAAAAAAUGGCCACCAGUGCUUUGUUCCAAGAGUUUGGUUACAAAGUUUUAAUUUGGUGGGAUGUUUUUUGUUUUUUUGGAAGGAAGUUUCAAGUAAAGAAAGAUCCUUAUAAAAUAGAUGUUUCUUAUUUAAAUUUCCUUACUUGACUACACACCUUAUUUAGCUGGCCACCUAAUCAUGAACAUAUCCAGCAAGAAAACUUGAAAUAUAAUGAGCAUCAGUGAAAAUACAAGUUCUUAAAUGAAUUUCACAUCUGUAACUAUGAUUAUGACAUUGUGGGGAUUGGCUCCUCAGUGAAACAGUCUCAUCUUAGCUCUAGAUUCUAUUUUCAUACAUCACAGAAGUGCUGUGUAAUUAGGUCUGUUUGUUUUGAUUUACUCAAAAACUAAGAAAUAGUAUGGAACAGCUUAGUCUCACAUGGUUUUGCUUGUCUUCCUUUGUUCCAUUUAGUGCCAAGUGUGUUCCAUUUUUAAAAGCAAGGCAGAGUGAGGCAAGGCAUACACAUACUCUCUCACAAACUUCAUAAUCGCAUUUCGGAACUUUAGAAAAUGUACUAUAUGCCUGAUGAAAUAUAUUCACUCCAAUUAAAUAUAUUCCAUCUUUUAAACAAAUGUCAAGCUUAUCACCCAUAAUUAAUUUAUAUCACUAUUUUACCCAGUGCUUUAAAAAAUGAUUAUAUCUCAGAGGGUGCUAAAUUGGUUACUGUCAUCCUGAUACACCAAGGUUGUGGGUUCAGUCCCGUCAGGGCACAUGCAAGAAUCAACCACUGAAUGCAUAAAUAAGUGGAAAAACAAAUCAGUGUUCCUCUCUCUCUCUCUCUCUCUCCCCUCCCUGCUAUCCCCUUCCUCUCUAAAAUCAACCAGUAAAAUAAAUGACUGACCUACAGUCCUCACUUUAAAUAAAAUCCAAUUAUUCCAAAAAUAAAGCUAUUUAGAGCAAACUUAUAGGACACUAGAAUAACACUGAUUGUUAUACAGUAUCAUUGUUAACUUUGAACUUCUUAUGGAUUACAAAGGUACAUGAUUUCCUUAGCAAGACACAUCAGAGAUAUUUGUCCCCAUUGUACCUGAAGUUUUGUAAUAAUUUUAAUUAAAUAUUUGUCAUCUCAUAUUAAUUGCUUUUAUGUGAUAAAUAAGUCUCUUACCAACCCAUCUACUUAUUUCUUUCCUCAUAAUGCUCUGCCCUUUUACAUUAUGAAAUGUGUGGAAUGAGCCAUAUAAAGCUGUCGCCAUCAAUGUCUUUACCUGUUAAUAUUAAAUAUUUUUAACUUAAAA